GACCCUGCUGACGGUCACCCAAGCUUGUCGAGGUGGGGAAGAGGAACUGCAUCAACAAAAGGGCUUUCAAACCUGAGUUUUCAAACCCACAGCCACCAACCAAGUCACUGUAGGGCUUAGAGUGAAUAACCACAGCCCAUGAGACAUAAAUCAGUUACUGAACUUAACAAAUACCUGAUUAAAGGAGGACAGGAAAAACAGAGGGACAUAAGCGGGACUGAAGUGGCCUGUGUAACAGCUAAAACCCUGGAGCUUUCCAGAUCUUUCCUCUAGCCCUCACAUUGUGCUUCUUCCUUUGUCCCCAUCUCCAUAUCCUUACCCACAAUCCCUCUCACGCCUCCUUGCCGCUGUGCCCCCUCUUCUCUGCUGGCAAUGGAGGAACCAUCUGUGAUGCCACUGCUGUCUGGCGCAGACCAGAGCAUGCUGGGAGAGGGGCGGAUGCUCCCGUGCGACCUGGUAGGACCCAGCUCGCGGCGCAAGAGGGAGUUCACCCCCGAGGACAAGAAGGACUUGUCCUAUUGGGCGAAGCGGCAGAAGAACAACGAGGCGGCGAAGCGGUCGCGGGAGAGGCGGCGGGUGAACGACAUGGUGCUGGAGCGCCACCUGCUGGCCCUGAGCGAGGAGAACGUGCACCUGCGCGCUGAGCUGCUCGCGCUCAAGCGCCGCUUCGGCCUGACGGCCCACACCGCCCACACUGCCCACCAGCACAGCCUCCUGCCGCUGCUCUCCCUGCCCCGCCCGUCACCACACAGCCCCACCCACCCAGGAGGCGGCGCCCUCUGGAGGCCCUGUGAUGUAGACCCUGCCCCUCCCAACCCCGUCCUCCCCGAGGCCCUCCGCUCGGCCUUCACCCCAACGUACCCCGCCCUGGCAGGGAGCGGACACCGCUUCGACGGGCACGCUUUACUCAGCGCCAUGCACUCAUUCCUGCCCCCGGCCCCCUCUGCGCCCCGGCCCAGCAUGACCACGCCCACCCUGCCGCAGAGGAACAUCGCUGCCGCGGACGGGGAGCCGCGGCUCCGCCCCUCGUCCGAGGCAGAGUCCAGUGCCGCCCUGCCUCACAGACUGAGGCUGAAGUGCCUCAGGACUCGAGGCAGACACCUGGGAGAGAGGAUGUACAGACUGCCGGACUACCGCAUCUCCUCCACAUCAGCACCCAAUUUCCACUAG